AUGGCUGCUAAUAAUAUUUCUGAUGAUGCUGUUUUAGAAUUCAUGUUCAAUCCUGAGGCACAGGGUCUUUCACUGGAUGCCAUUGCAUGUACAAUAGACACAAAGCCAAAAUAUGAAAUUUCGUCUGAAUUACUACCGAAACUCGAACAACUGGAGAAAGAUGCUGUCAGUGCAGCAGAAGGAAACGAUUUAAAUAAAGCGUUAGAGUUGAUCAAUCAAUGUAUCCAAUUAGAGCCUAAAUAUGCCUCUGCUUACAAUAACAGAGCUCAGAUGUAUAGACUGGAUAAAAAGAUAGAUAAGGCACUCGAUGACUUGAAUCUCGUCAUCCAAGACCUUGGUCAAGGCCAGCCCAAGGUACUACGCCAAGCAUACACACAACGUGCGAUUAUCAAACGACAACAAGGUGACCUUGAAGGAUCCCGUCAGGACUUUGAAGAAGGGGCUAAAUUAGGCAACCCAGUAGCAAAAUCAGUUGCUGUCAAUGAAAAUCCAUAUGCCAAACUGUGUAAUCAAAUCAUGGCACAGGUGAUGAGCCAAGAGCUCAGGAAAGGUCAGCAAUAA